AUGCCUCCGUUUCGAAGGAAGAAGACUUCUAAGUCGUUUCCAGUGAAGGUGUGCACGUUAGAUGCUGAAUUGGAAUUCAACCUUGAGCGUCGACAAAUCGAACGUAACAAAUUGGCGCGUGAGAAGCAACUACGUGAAGCGGCAGAGCGGGAAAGAGCCGCCAUGGAACAAAGACUGUUGCAAUACCAGGAAGAAAUACGACUCGCCAAUGAGGCAUUGCGUCGUUCAGAAGAAACAGCAGAAUUGUUGGCUGAAAAAGGCAGAGUGGCUGAAGAAGAAGCUUCGUUGCUCGCGCAGAAGGCUGCCGACGCUGAGAGAGAGAACGCCCGGUUGAGGUUAUCGGCCAUCAAAACAGAAGAAGAAAAGGUACACCUAGAACGUAAGACGCGUGAAGCAGAAUUCUUAACAGCUCGGCUGGUCGAAGAGUCUGAGAAGCGCGCGGCUGAAGCAGAACGUCUGAAAGCUGAACUGGUGGCUGCUAAGAUCGCAGAGAAAAACGCCAAAGAGAAGCUGUUGAACUUCCUUAGCAGGAAUUCUACUGGAUCUUUGCCACCGCCAUCGACGGUUCCCUCCAGCCUGUUCCCAUCAACAUGUUCCCUGCCCGCUGAGCUAGGUGUAGACGCGCUGCCCAACGGCACGGCGGCCACGCCGGAGACGGAGCUCAACUCGUACCAGCUUGUGCCUGACGAUAGCGACCCGCACAUACACAGGCUCAGUCUUGAGAUUGAGAAGGAACGAGUGGAAUAUUUAGCAAAAUCAAAGCAUCUUCAGCAGCAACUAGAUGAGCUGCGGUGCGAGUUCUCUGUCCUCCGCGUCGACCACACAGCAGCGACCUUAGACCGUCUACAUGAGGCCCAGGCCCGCGCUGGUGAUAACAAAUACUCUACGUUGAAGAGACUGAAACAAGGAUCGACAAAGACUAGAGUUGCUUUCUAUGAAGAGCUGUAAGAGUCGUGUUCAAGUUUCACAGCGUAAGUUUUAAAUGUUAAUUAUAAUUUUGAACAAAACACAGCUAUAUUUUUUUACCUGCAGGCUCUACAGAGUCACAAACUUAUCUGUGAUAUGGUUGGUGUCGCAAGUGUCUACGUGGUGUUGCCUAUAAUUGAUAGUUCAUUUGAAGUUUCCAACGUGGUACCGUUAGUUCCUUUUGUCGCCAUCUCACAGAUAAGUUGGAGAUAUUUAUAGAUAUAUUGUUCUAGGCAUAAUAAAUUUAAGGUAAUUGUUUAACUAACAAAUUAAUAGAGGUGUUUUUAUAUCGAACUGAAAGUUUGUUCCUUGACGAAGUAACGAUAAAACGGUGCCUUAUUAAUAGUUAAAAAAGGCUUUGAUAUUGUUUAUGUUUUUAUUAAUUUUGAUCUCCUUAAAAGCGAAAGUUUUUGGGAAUAAAGGCUUUAUUAACGAACCUAAAUUAGGAAGAAAACAUUUAUUAUUGUUUGUAUGUAUUUACUAAUGCUUAUGUGUCUAA